GGGCUUUUUGCUACAGCAAUCACAGCUGAAAGAAUUGCAUUUUCAUGCAUUUCCAUUUUGCAUGACACUAGUCAUACCAGUAGUUUCUGAAACACUGGAGUCUUAAUACUUAUAUGAUAAAUAUGGAUCACUUAGAGCAGUCCUGUUACGAGCUCUCUCUACCUGUCACGGAGAAAUGCAACCCUAUCAGCAGAGAUAUUGAUAGAGCAGACACCAAACAGAUGGUACAAAUACUGAAAAGAUGCGAUACAGAGAUUUUUCAAAAGAAAUUACAUGAUGAUCCUACUUAUCAGAGAGUACACAGUCUGCCAGUCAUUCAAGCCAUGAUGAAUGUUGCCAAGAAGGUUGAAAUGUUUCUAAGGGACCCAGAGGAGAGUUUGAUUGUUUUAAGUGGCUGUGGAACAUCAGGCCGUAUUGCAUUUCUUUUGGUGACAACCUUUAAUCAGAUGUUGAUCACCCAACAACACAAACAGAUCUAUUCGUACAUCAUAGCAGGGGGUGACAGGGCCCUGUUGACAUCACAGGAGGCUCCUGAGGACAACCCGGUGCUGGGAGCUCGCAUGCUGAACAAGGUUUGUGCUGGAAAGAAACACGUCCUGUUCAUUGGAAUAUCCUGUGGCAUGUCGGCACCAUUUGUUGCUGGGCAACUGGAUUAUUGUCUCAACCAUUUAGAUGUCUUCACUCCAGUCCUUCUUGGAUUUAAUCCUGUACAUAUGGCAAGGAGUGAUCCAAUGCUGGACGGUUUAUUUAAUUUUAAAGAGGUUGCAGAGAGGAUGAUCGCAGAACAGAGACAAGAGAAAGCAUUCGUUCUAAAUCCUGUAUUAGGGGCUGAGGCUAUCAGCGGAUCAUCCAGGAUGAAAGGAGGCAGUGCAACUAAAAUCAUACUAGAAGCCAUCCUUCUGGCUGGACAUAAAGCUGCCUUCAGAGACAAGAUCAUAACGCCUGAAUGUGUGUCUGCCUGGAUCACAGCGAGUGAAAUGGUUUAUGAAAUCACUUAUUCGCACAGUGAUGGCCUGGACGCCCUUAUUUACAAAGCAGGAGAGAGUCUUCGGACGGGAGGUCAUGUGUACUAUGUUGGAUGGCAAACGCUUGGCAUUAUUGGCAUGAUUGAUGCUAGUGAAUGCAUUCCCACAUUUGGAGCAGACUUUAGGGACAUCAGAGGUUUUAUCAACAACGGUUUCAGUGAAAUGAAAAAUAAAGAAGGCGAUCUUUCAUCUAUGGGUCCAGAGUUUGUAAUUGGUCACAAGGAUUUUGUGGACACCAUCUUACCAAGCUUAAGUCAAAAUGACAUGAUCUUAUUUCUGUUUACAGUAAAUGAUGACCUACAUGAGGUGACAGCACUGGCGAAUCAAGUGAAGUGGAGGACAUCUAAUUUGCAUGCGAUUGCCCAUGACCUUGAGGAAAUAAAAGGCAACAUAUUUGAAACUGUCCUGAACAUCACAUGGCCUUUGUCUUCAGAUAAGGAGCACAAUGUUGUAAUGCGCUGGGAGCUUUCAACCAAAUUGUGUCUUAAUGCAAUCAGCACAGGGGCUCAUGUACUGAAGGGGAAAGUCUACAUGAAUUACAUGAUAGACCUCAGAGUGACAAACAGCAAACUGUACAAGAGAGCCAUAAAUAUUUUACAGCGCUUCACAGGCAGCUCCAAAACCGAGUGUGAAAGUGCUCUACUGAGAGCGAUCUACGGUACAGAUGAUCUGACUGAAGAGAUGACAUCAGCAGAUGUCCAAAAACACACAACCCUGGCCAACAGAUGCCACAGAGUGGUCCCAACUGCGCUGGUGAUGAUACAGUGUGACUGCACACUUGCUGAAGCAAAGCAUCAUUUAGAUUCUCAUCAGGUGAUUCGAGAUGCAAUAACUGCCUGCUUCAACUCCUCAAAGAACAUGACUACUACAGACUGAACACAAAAA